AUGUCAGGACAAAUCGUCUUGUUUGAUAUCCCCAGUAGGGAGCCGCGCACAUGCUGGUCUCUCAACCCGUGGAAGACCCGUAUUCUGCUCAACUACAAGGGCCUCGACUACCGUACAGAAUGGCUUGAAUAUCCCGACAUCAGGCCCCGGCUUGAACCUCACCUCCCCCCCAACGAAGGCAACAUGAAAUACACCAUUCCCACCAUCCAACUCCCCUCAGGCGAAUACAUCACCGACUCCGCCAAAAUUGCCGACGCCAUCGAGGCCGCCCACCCUUCGCCCCCUGUGCACCUGGACUCCCCAAUCCUGCCCAAAAUUUACGACAUUGCGGCGCGCGUGCGCACCCCCAUCCUGGGGCUCUACGCGACUGGCGUGCCGGAGUACAUCCUUGCCGAGGCGAGCAAGCCGUACUGGUACGAGACGCGAGCCAAGUUCAUUGGGAAGCCGGUAGAGCAGCUGAAGGCGGAGAUGGAUGUGGACGCGGCGUGGGCGGAGGCUGGGGCUACGGUGCAGGAGGCCACGGCGCUGUUGAAGGAGAAUGGGGACGGGCCGUUCUUUUUGGGGAAGGAGAUUAGUUAUGCGGAUUUUGUGUGGGCUGGGUUUUUGCUGUUCUCGAAGAGGGCCAGGCCGGGGCUGUUGGAUGACAUUCUGGCUCGGUCCGGGGAUGCCGAGGCGCAUUUGGCUUUGCUGAAGGCGCUGGAGCCGUGGACGGAGCGGGAUGGUCAUUAA